CGAAAUGAAUUGAAACCAGGUUCGUCCGCGCUGCCAUCGACGGGAUUUUUUCUAUGAGUGGUGUGUCUCAACAAACCCAAAAGAAAGCAUCUUUUUCAAGAGCUAGCGAAUUAACUCUAGUUUCACGGAUGGCUUUAUGUACAUGAGCUCUGAAGGUGAAGUCGUGUAAUGGUGCCCUGGUGAUUCGUGCGUGAAUUCGAUGUGAAUGAUUUGAUUGAUUCAUGGUCUCGGGAAGACACACGGUGCAAGAGACGACAGAAUUCAAGUUUUCUUCCUUGAAUUUCGAAGGACCAGGUUCAGCAAGAGGGAAGAACUAUCGGAAGAAGAAGCAGACAGCAGCAGCAGCAGCAGCAGCAGUAGAAGAAGAGAAGUCUGGUUUCUCUCGCUCCCGCACUCACUUUUGAAGUGUUUUUCGCUUCCUUCUCUCGGGCGAAGCAGAAAAUAUGUGUUUUUUACGUUGAUUCUUUUUUUUUCGGUGUGCCCUUACACGAAAAGAGCCUAGGCCUGCUUUGAUGGCGAGCCCUCAGCAGAGUGUUUGAAUGAAUGGAGAAUUUCUACUGAAAAAUCAAAGUGCUAUUUUGCUCUUGCUCUGGAUGGUGCUCGGUGUGCGUUUGAGACGGGAAAGCGCACCCCGUCCUCUCGAGAUGUUGAUCGCUCGAGGUGCAAAUGAUUUAUGAGAAGGAACGAGCGAAAGGAAUUAGUCGAAGAAAAGUAUGGUCGAAAUGAGAAAUAUUGGGUGAUUUUCCUCCCGUACAAGUCGCAACACGCAGCAGUAACUCCUGUUCUGGGAGUUUAUUUUUUGGGAUGGUGAAUGUGUGUGCGAACGUAAUUUGUGUAUUUUCGCGCUGGUGACGACGGAAGAAUAAUAUGAAGAAUUUUCUAUGAUCAAUUUUCCACACGGUGUUGUUCCGAGACGAGAGGUUUGUUGUUAUUGUUGUUGUAGUUUGAAGAAGGAGCCAAGGAAAAGCUGAUAGGCAAACGAAGAGCGAGUAGGAGAGAAAACGUAUGCGAGUGAGCAAGAGUGCGCACACUGUGGUUUUCGAAUAGUUCGAUAAUUGAGAGAAAGAAGAAGAAGAAGAAAGUGCAGCUGGAAGAAGACGGAAAGAAGAACCGGGGAAGUAGCAAAAACGUACACACGAGAAUCAGUUUUUUUUUUCGUUUGUUAGAAGAAAACCAGAGGCUCCUCAAGAAGUGUGCAAGCCGAGAAGGAGCAGGAAAAAAAAUGUAAAUGAACAAUCAAUAUCUUGUACGUUCGAGUCGGGAAGUUGCUGGCUUUUCUGACACAGUGAGUGAAACGAAGGGAAAAUUACGACCAUUACGGUUUAUUGCCGCCGUAUAUACUAAGCCGAGCAGUCUGAGUAAUAAUAUUCCCAUCCUCUCGAGAGUGUUUUACGGCUGCUGUGAAGGAGGAUCAUUUCGGGGGUGCUUCGCAGCCAAAAUGCGGAAAGAAUUAUGAGGAUUAUUCAUUAAUCAUGAAGACAAGUAAAUAAAAGCGAGAAGGACAGCCGGGUGUGAUCCAAGCGAGUGCGUGUGUAUGCUACGGGAUUAGAGAAGGAGAACCAAAGUUGAAGUGGUGAAAAUCGGUCGCGACCAAAAUAUACCCAUCGACGGAACGGACAGACGUACGAGGAGGAAGAAAACAAGUCAGGGAACGAACAAAUACAGACAAUGUAAGUGGCUAAUGGUGCUGCUUCUUAACUUUAUGUGGUCUGUUUUUCUGGAUUCGUUGUCGUCGUCUUGAGCGCGUUCGACACGCGGAGCUCCUUGACUGGCACGACACAGACACGGUCAACCAGUUCCAAAGCCGAAUCCAAAACCAAAGGCAGACGGAGAAACCGACCGACCAAGAGAGAGAGAGGGAGAGAGGAAGAUGAAGAAAAAGUGAUACGUUAUAGUGGUUUGACGAUAAUUUAAAUAAAAUAAAGAUUCAAACAAUUGACGGAAAGAUUUUGGAGAGGAAGCAGAAGGCUAUAUAUUAUACUUAACCAAAUUUAAGACGAGAAAGAGGGAGAUAGAAGGCGAGCAGUUUCCAGAUAGGAAUACCAUGCAAAAAAGAUGAACAAGUUCAGCAGGAAGAAGAGCAAAGGUGACGUCACCGAGGUGAAUCGUCACCAUCAACGACUACAGACUGCCACCAACAGUAUAACUACGAAACGACGAAAAUAUCGGCUAAAGCUGCUGCCAAGCAUCCGGACGACGUCGUAUCUAACCCUAGGGCUGAUCGUAUGCCUUCAGCUGUUGAUGAUGUCCACCGUACUACACUGUGCCAAAACGUUCUACAUGCACUGGAACACGACGAACAGUAUAUUCCGGAUCGACAACACAGACCACAUCAUCGAUGUCAACAAAGGCAACUCGGCGUUCGAGUACGAUCAAGUCCAUAUCAUCUGCCCGGUGUACGAACCGGGCACGUUCGACAACGAGACGGAGAAGUACAUCAUCUACAAUGUCUCGAAGGUGGAAUACGAGACGUGCAGGAUCACGAAUCAUGAUCCACGCAUCAUCGCAAUCUGCGAUAAACCGAACAAGCUGAUGUUCUUUACUAUCACAUUCCGGCCAUUUACACCGCAACCCGGUGGUUUAGAGUUCCUACCAGGGAAUGAUUACUAUUUUAUCUCAACUUCGUCUAAGGACGACCUCCACCGGAGGAUAGGUGGACGAUGUUCCACCAACAAUAUGAAAGUAGUAUUCAAGGUAUGCUGUGCCGACGAGCAGCACCAGCAUCCGAAUGUAACGUCUAGUAAUAACAAUAUUGCUUCGUCGACGUCGAUCGACGGUGGCAGUUCGCCUAGUGGUGGCGGCGGUAACAGUGCAGUCAGUGGUAGCAGUGGUGUAUCGAUCAACACUAAUGCUAGCGGUUCGAUGGAUAAUUUCGAUCCAUCGACGAGGUUACUUCCGUCCUCGGCGGUCAACAGCAGCCAAGGCAACAUUGUGCAGAGCACGGUGAACUGGCCGGUGUGGAAUGGUGGCCAACAGCGGCCAGUGCCGUCGACUCCAUCGGUCAACAACGGUGGCAACGGUCGCCAUCAACAUCACUACACUCCAUCGCCCCCGCGAACGGCCAUCAACAACUACAACAACUACGGCGGCGGCAGCGGUAGCGGCUCUGGUGCUCAUAGUAAUAGUAAUAAUUAUAACAUUAACAAUCCACCGUCCAAUGCACAUCAGAACAAUAAGCCGACAAAGAAGACGAACGAGUACGACAAACACCCGAACGAAGUCGUCAAGAACGAGGAACUCACCUACAACAACGGGGCCUCGACGAGGACCGCCACCAGCAACCGAGGUUUGCUAGGAUUAGUACUUUUAGCAAUCCUGCUCAGUAGCAGCAGUAGGCUCUGUGCGGCAGGGUUGCCAAAUACGAUGCCAUUGACGAGAUAGCACGUAAGCCGAUUCCUAACACGAUGCUAAUCAUGACACAUACACACAUACACACUUCAAUACACACAGACACACACACAUUUGUAAUACGAGAGACUCUUGAAUCCGGAUUUUUUUAAAAGUAAUUCGUAAAUCCGGGGGAAACAUACCGCUUUCCCUUGCGGCGACGAAAUCAACGAUACUUGUAAAACAAGACAGAGCAAACAGCAGGACAGAAGGAGAGUCAUCGAGAUCGUAAGUUGUAUCUUUGUUCGUACACAUUAAAAAAGCAAAGUGGAAACAAAUAUCUAAUAGUCCUUAUAUAGUGUGUAGUAGUGAGUGAUAUUAAUUUAAUGAACAAAAACAAAAACAGCAAGGAAAAAUCACACAUUUUUAUUAGAAGGUAAACCGAAGACUGAGAGAUUUGACCGCUGGAGCGAGUUUAAUGAAGAAAAUAAAAAAAAAUGGAAAACGAAUCGAAAUAAAGCAAAACAAGUUCGGACGCAAUGACUAAGAACUAACAUUUACACAAACACA